AUGCCUGGGGUUAACGUGAUGAGCUACAAGCCGCUUGGUGGACCUGUGCUCGGUGUAACGCGGAUGUUACAGAUGAGGAAUGGGUACACCAUUCCUCAGUGUGGGUUUGGGACAUACAGAAUGACCCCUACCGAAGCCGGGGCGGCUGUCGAAUAUGCGGUGCAGGCGGGAUUCCGUCAUUUCGACUGCGCCAAGGCUUACUGCAACCAAUUUGCUGUGGGUGAUGGAUUGCGGCGCGCCAUAUCGUCGGGGAGGGUGAAGCGAGAUGAUUUGUUUGUAACGUCCAAGCUCUGGCCAACCGACCAGCAUCCUGAAAAUGUGGAAAAGGCCUGUAGGGAGACGUUAGAAGAGCUAAAAGUUUCCUAUCUAGAUCUCUACCUCAUACAUUGGCCUGUUGCGUGGCGCCACUCACCCGAAUUUAAAACCGAAGAAGACAAAUAUCCCAAGCAUGAUAGCGGCCUGCCUGCCGUGGACGAGAGAGUGAAACUUACGGACACAUGGAGGGCAAUGUGUGCACUAGUUGAUAAGGGGCUGGUGCGUUCUAUUGGGCUUUCUAACUGUUCUGAGAAACAUAUUGCGGAGGUAAUGGGGGACGGUGACUUGUACGCACCUGUGCUUAAUCAGAUCGAGCUCCAUCCUGCACUUGUGCAGCGGGACCUCCUCAACGUACACCGCACCAAAAGGAUGCUAACAGCAUCGUAUAGCCCACUUGGGAUGCCUUCAAGGUUCACCUCACCGGACUACAAGGGUCUUCUGACUCAUGAAGCGCUGUUGCCCCUAUCUGAGCACUCGGGCUUCAGUGUAGCUCGCCUUCUGCUUAACUGGAACCUCGACAUGCACAACGUGGUAAUUGUGCGCUCGACAAGGAGGGACCACAUUCAAUCAAAUGCAAAGGCGUCGCUCUAUACUCUCUCCGAUCCUGUUCGGAUGAUACUUGACCGGUUUCAGGAUCGUGAAGGAACCGUGAGGACAAUUAACCCCACAAACUUCACCCACUCCGGCGAGAGUUUCUUUUCGUAA